GGGUGUGAGGCGCGCGUCACGGCGAGGAUGCUGCUGGCCUCGCGGCGCUGAGAGGGCGAGCGCGAGCCCGGGGCGGAGGACGCUCGGGUCCGGAUAUUGCUGCCGUGUGGGCUCCGAUCUCCUUCUUUCCUCUCUCUCUCCCCCCACCCCAACCCCCCUUCAUUUGCUCUUCGUUUGCGUAUCCAAAACACCUCUCGACUCCGACCUCUCCCCGACCACUGGAAGUCUCCCUGUCUCUAAAUGGAAUUAGUGGAGAUCGGAGCCUCGGGUGUAACGAACAGACAUGAUCUAUGGACGCAGUUUGUUUCACAUUGUAGCAAGUUUAAUCAUCCUCCAUUUUUCUGGGGCAACCAAGCAAGGAACAGAAAAGCAAAGCACCUCAGAAACGAAGUCUGUGCAGUGUGGAAGUUGGACAAAACAUGCAGACGGAGGUGUCUUCACCUCUCCGAACUAUCCCAGCAAGUACCCCCCUGACCGGGAGUGCAUCUACAUCAUAGAAGCUGCCCCAAGACAGUGCAUUGAACUUUAUUUUGAUGAAAAGUACUCUAUUGAACCUUCUUGGGAGUGCAAAUUUGAUCAUAUUGAAGUUCGAGAUGGACCUUUUGGAUUUUCUCCAAUAAUUGGACGUUUUUGUGGACAACAAAAUCCACCUGUAAUAAAAUCCAGUGGAAGAUUUCUGUGGAUUAAAUUUUUUGCUGAUGGAGAGCUGGAAUCUAUGGGAUUUUCAGCUCGAUACAAUUUCACACCUGAUCCUGACUUUAAGGACCUUGGAGUUUUGAAACCAUUACCAGUGUGUGAGUUUGAGAUGGGCGGCCCUGAAGGCAUUGUGGAGUCUAUACAAAUUAUGAAGGAAGGCAAAGCUUCUGCUAGCGAGGCCGUUGAUUGCAAGUGGUACAUCCGAGCACCUCCACGAUCCAAGAUCUACUUACGAUUCUUGGACUAUGAGAUGCAGAAUUCAAAUGAAUGCAAAAGGAAUUUUGUGGCGGUGUAUGACGGAAGCAGCUCCGUGGAGGAUCUGAAAGCCAAGUUCUGCAGCACCGUGGCCAAUGAUGUCAUGCUCCGUACAGGUCUCGGGGUCAUCCGCAUGUGGGCGGACGAGGGCAGUCGCAACAGCCGGUUUCAGAUGCUCUUCACAUCCUUUCAAGAACCUCCUUGUGAAGGCAAUACGUUCUUCUGCCACAGUAACAUGUGUAUUAACAAUACGUUGGUUUGCAAUGGACUCCAGAACUGUGUGUACCCUUGGGACGAAAAUCAUUGUAAAGAAAAGAGGAAAGCCAGUCUGCUGGACCAGCUGACCAACACCAGCGGGACUGUCAUUGGCGUGACUUCCUGCAUUGUGAUCAUCCUUAUUAUCAUUUCUGUCAUUGUGCAGAUCAAACAGCCUCGUAAAAAAUAUGUCCAAAGGAAAUCGGACUUUGACCAGACAGUUUUCCAGGAGGUGUUGGAACCUCCUCAUUAUGAGGUAUGCACCCUCAGAGGGACAGGAGCUACAGCUGACUUUGCAGAUGUGGCCGAUGACUUUGAAAACUACCAUAAACUGAGGAGGUCCUCUUCCAAAUGCAUUCAUGACCAUCACUGUGGAUCACAACUGUCCAGUACGAAAGGCAGCCGCAGCAACCUCAGCACAAGAGAUGCUUCUGUCUUGACAGAGAUGUCCCCACAGCCCGUCAAACCCCUCAUCCCACCUGUGAACAGAAGAAGCAUCCUCGUCAUGAAACACAACUACUCCCAAGAUGCUGCAGAUGCCUGUGACAUCGACGAGAUUGACGAGGUGCCGACCACGAGUCACAGGCUGUCCCGACACGAUAAAGCCGUCCAGCGGUUCUGCCUCAUUGGGUCUCUAAGCAAACAUGAAUCUGAAUACAACACAACUAGGGUCUAAAAAGAAAAUUCAAGACAAGAACUAUUUAUACAAACAUGGGGACUGUGAAAAGAAAAUUCUAUAGUGAAUUGUGAAAAGUGGACAUAUUUCUAAAUUCAUUCCACUGCCUUUAUCCAAACUUAAGAAUUACAGACACUUGUUAUCCCUUCAGCAAGACAUACCCGCUGCACAAUGAUAUGUUCAUUUCGUAAUUUGGUUGCUGGCCACCAAGUGCUCCUUAGUUUUUAAAUACAUUUUGAGAUUUACUGGAAACUUGAAGAAAUUAGUUCCUGAUUAAGGCUAUCCCAACUUUAUUUUUACUGUCAGUUUCACUUUGUUUCUAUGUUGUUUUAUGUCUUUGUUAGAUAAUUGUACAUUGUGUGAUAUGUGAAAAAACACUAUUUUGGAUGAACUUUGUGUUACAUGUACAUUGUUUUCAUUAUAUAGACUGCUUGAGAAUAGUGCGUUCCUGAGUGAUUUUGAACAUGCGACAGUGAAAAGUGAGAAUAUGGACCAUGGAAACACCAGCUAGAGGUUUUAUGGACUAUAAACAUCUGUUGUUGUAUUAAGAUUAAAUGCAGCCAAAAGUACCGAGUAAAAUUACUGGAUUGCAAUAAGAAAAAUCUCAUUUUUCGUCUUUCCUAUAUACCCCCAUUUCCUUUUUUAUUUAAAAGAAAAUCAAAGGAAGAUACCGAGUUUCAGAAAUAGUUUUGAAAUCAGGUAUUUUACCGUUCAUACCCUUCAGUAGAAAUGAUUUUUGAUUAAGCACUUAGCAAUAUGAUUGAUUGACAGUUUGAGAAAAUACCCUGCAUGUCAGCACUGGAUAUUUGAACUGGAAAAAUAUCCUUUUUAUUAGACACAUUGUAAAAAGCAUGCAUUCUCCAAUACUGCUGUUACUCUUCCAUUUCCUUGUGUCAUAUGCUUGCCACUUGUAACUUUUUAUAUAAAGAUAUAUAAAAAUGUAUACUAAUUUCCUAACUUGAGUUAAGAGAAAUGCUUUCUUCUGUUAGAGUGAGAAAAACUGACAUACGUAAGUACACACUUUAUAUCUACUCUUUCCACAUUUUAGGCUACAGGAUGUCCUUUAGUAUUAAGACAUACUUCUUCAAAAUAUGAUUUCUAAAACUUUAUGG